UGCAACGCUGAUCGACGGCCGCGAUCCAACCAACUCGCUUCAGAGUGACUAGGGGCGGAAAUUUAAUGGGAUUAAUUUCAACGCUACCACAAAUCACCGUCGUCGCCGGUAUUAGCCUGCAGAAGGUAAAUUAAACUGUCCUGCGAAUCGCAUGGAUUCCCCGCCCCUGGACCUGCAGGUUAAUGUAGGUCAUUUGGCAAGGCGAGGUAUCACUUCGUAUAAAUAGCAAGCGUGCAUACUGUGGAGGUAGAUAGCAACAACAACAACAACAUCAAACUCUCUAUUCCCUGAACGAUAACCCUAACGGAAGACUUUCAGGAUGGUCGCCUGGUGGUCAAUAUUUCUUUACGGUCUUCAGGCCGCCGCACCCGCUUUGGCUGCAACCCCUGCGGACUGGCGAUCGCAAUCUAUCUAUUUCCUUCUCACCGAUCGAUUUGCAAGGACGGAUGGAUCGACCACUGCGGCUUGUAAUACCGAGGAUCGGAAAUACUGUGGUGGAACAUGGCAGGGCAUCAUCGACAAGCUGGACUAUAUCCAGGGAAUGGGCUUCACAGCCAUCUGGAUCACCCCCGUUACAGGCCAGCUGCCCCAGAACACCGCAUACGGAGAAGCCUACCAUGGCUACUGGCAGCAGGAUAUCUACUCCUUGAACGAAAACUACGGCACUCCAGAUGAUCUGAAGGCUCUUGCUUCGGCCCUUCAUACGAGGGGGAUGUAUCUCAUGGUCGAUGUGGUUGCUAACCAUAUGGGCUAUGAUGGAGCGGGCGCCUCCGUUGAUUACAGCGUGUUCAAACCAUUCAAUUCCCAAGAAUAUUUCCACCCGUUCUGUCUCAUUCAAAACUAUGACGACCAGACCCAGAGCGAGGAUUGCUGGCUAGGAGAUAACAGUGUCUCCUUGCCCGAUCUUGACACCACCAAAGAUGAGGUCAAGAACGAAUGGUACGAAUGGGUGGGAUCAUUGGUAUCGAACUACUCCAUCGACGGCCUCCGUGUCGACACAGUGAAACACGUCCAGAAGGACUUCUGGCCUGGAUACAACAAAGCCGCAGGCGUGUACUGCAUCGGUGAAGUCCUCAACGGUGACCCGGCAUACACAUGUCCCUACCAGGACGUCAUGGACGGCGUACUGAACUACCCAAUUUACUACCCCCUCCUCAACGCCUUCAAAUCCACCUCCGGCAGCAUGGACGACCUAUACAACAUGAUCAACACCGUCAAAUCCGACUGUCCCGACUCCACGCUGCUGGGCACAUUCGUCGAGAACCACGACAACCCACGAUUCGCUUCUUACACCAACGACAUCGCCCUCGCCAAGAACGUCGCCGCAUUCAUCAUCCUCAACGACGGAAUCCCCAUCAUCUACGCAGGCCAGGAGCAGCAUUUCGCGGGUGGCAACGACCCCGCGAACCGCGAGGCCACUUGGCUCUCAGGCUUCUCGACAGACAGUGAGAUCUACAAGCUGAUCGCGUCCGCGAACGCCAUCCGGAACCAUGCCAUCAGUAUCGAUACAGGAUUCGUGACCUACAAGAACUGGCCCAUCUACAAGGACACCACGACGAUCGCGAUGCGCAAGGGCACCGACGGCUCCCAGGUUGUGACUAUUUUGUCGAACAAGGGUGCGUCGGGCGAUUCGUACACCCUCUCUCUGGGUGGUACGGGCUACACGGCCGGCCAGAAAUUGACGGAGGUCAUUGGGUGCACGACCGUGACCGUGGGCUCGGAUGGAACUGUGCCUGUUCCUAUGGCGGGUGGGCUGCCUCGGAUAUUGUAUCCGACUGAGAAGCUGGGAGAUAGCAAGAUCUGUAGUAACUAGCGCGUGAAAGGUGGGUAGGAUUGGUUAUAUUCGGUCUUUUGUGUUUAGAAUGAAUUUGUUGGAUCCGACAUAACAAACCAACUUCACUGUAAAAAACCACCCGUACCAAGUACCCUAUAAUCUUAGAUAAGGUCAAUUUCGACGUAUAUAUCACGCCAACACAAAAUAGGCAAUAUCAGCUAUGGUCAGAAUUGGUAUUCUAUAUUGGAAUACGAAUACCGAGAAGGACAACUUAUAGCCUCGGCCCAUAAAUCUUGAAACCUAGAUGAGGGUCUUCCAUCCAUCGAUACCCGUAGAUAUCCACUUGCGAGAGGGAAGGCACCUAUUUCCCCGAAUUUAGGGACGGGUAUGCUAUGGAUUUGCUUAGUAGGCCGGGGUUGAUUCGGUAAAUUGAAUAUGGAACGGGAAAAAGGAACUGGAAAAGUGAAAGAAUGAUGGACAAUAUAAUCUAAUUAAAGACAAUUAUUAUGGUGUAUCGUCUAUAUUAGGUCUUGGUUUAUGUUAUCCAAGUAUAUCCUCUCGUAAAGCCAUAAGACUACAAGUUCCUCUUAAGCUUGAUAGAACAUAAUAUUCGAAUUUGGUGACGUAUCCUGUAUUCCACUUGUCGACUAUGCUGGUAAGUACCUCAUACAUAAGCCGAUGUUGAGAGAGGGGGGAGGAGAGUUGCCAAAUCAAAAGUAUACGUAUUACAAUC